UGCGCUACAAAAAUGAACAUCAUUCUUUAUAUUAACUUCAAAAAUUCACUGAAGAAUAAUUGUGCCCAACAAGUUUACAUUUAAUACUAUGAGUUACAAAAUGUUUAUAAUUACUGUGGUCUUGUGCCUAGUUUGCUUGUUGAUUAGACAAGCUAAAAGCUGUGGAGGUGUUGAAAUACAAACAGAAUACCACAGAAAUUGUGAUUCAGACAAUGUUGUUGAACUUUCGAGCAAUUUUUCGGUUACUUUGAGUAACGAUUGUUUUCUUCAUUUCCAGGGUUGUGUAACAAAUCACGAAAAUAUAACAACAGCGGAGGUUGCAUAUACUGUUGAAAAAAAUAUGGUAAAAUACUCUGGUAAGAAAGAUGGGUGUAAGAAACUUGAAGAAAAAGCUCAUGAUUUUGAAGUAGCAUUGGAUUUGAUGAAAUUACCUCAAAGUUGUCCAAUUUCAAAGGGAACUUUUUGUAUGGAUAGCGUAACAAUUGAUGUUAGCAAAUAUAAAUCUAGAAUGAACAUAUUACUUGGGAACAUUAAAGGAAGAUCUGUUACUACUAUAAACGGGGGUGGUAAAACUUGUGUCGAAUUUUCUGCUAACAUAGUUAAUAGUAUGGUACAAUCAUUACCACACCGUAAAUUUUUACCUGUCAUAGGUUAAAAACAAUCUACAUGUUAUCUAUCAUGAUUAUUGCAUUCUGCAUAGGUAAAAGGUAUAAAUUAUGUAAACAGGCUAUUGAUCAUGCUUUUUUUUUUAUUAUAACAUUAAAUUUAUUGAUUUAAAUAAAAUUCUACUAAAAGCCUAAUUGUACUUUUAAUUAU